GAUGGAUAGGGUAUCAGAGACUUCAGACAAACUUUCAUGUGGGAUCUGCCGCAGACAAUUUUCUAGAUACACCUGCCCCACUUGCAAUAUUCCUUACUGUUCCUUGACAUGCUUUCGUUCAGAGGUUCACUCUCAAUGUUCUGAGACUUUUUAUCGGAGAGAGAUCGAGUCUGGAAUUAAAUCAGAGUCAUCUAGGACGGCUGAAGAACGAGCCAAAAUGAUGGAAUUACUCAGGCGUUUUGAAGAGCAGUCAUCGAGAGAUGAUCUUGUUCCCAUGCCUGAUGAGACAGACGGCGAUGAAGACACAGGUCUCGCUGAAAGAUUACAAAAUCUAGACAUCAUGUCGACUUCUUCCGAUACUUUGUGGUCUUUUCUCAAUAAGGAAGAGCGUAGCAACUUUAUGAAAGUGUUAGCGGAUCCUUCUGGUGACCUUGCUCAGAAGCUGCUAGCCAGUAAGGAGUUAAAGGAAGAUAAACGGGAGCCUUGGUGGGAAGCAAAUACGCUUGAUCCGAAUACGUUUACUUCAAGCGGGCGUUACGGUCAUAAGCCAAAAGCAAUUACCGUUCCCGCAAGCAUGGCUGAACCCAACUUCCAUGGCCCUCCGCUGAGGUACAAUGUUUGCGCUAUCCUCAUAGCGUAUGCGUAUGUGACUCGUCAUCUAUCUGCUUCGCCUUUGUCAUCAGUUGACCCAGAAGAUUCAAACUUCUGUGAAACUCGACGGAUCAUAUCCAAUCUCAUCCCUUUCCUGGUAGACCCCAGAGCAAGGGUUCUUUAUACCUCCCUAAGUGAAGUUGUCACUGCAGUUUGGUCCCGUUUUCAGGCAGGGGAGAUGAAUUCAAAGUUCUUCUCCGUACUCCUGCGUGACGUCGCAAAUAUCGUACGACCUUGUAAAAUAGCCACGUUGCCGUCAACGCCUCAUAUGAAAGACAAUGGUGGCUCUACGUGUGCUAGGGAUGUGCAAAUAGACGGACACCCGAAUCUUACAUCUGUUCUGGCAUUGUCAGAUAUAGCAGGCCUUUUUCAGGAUUCUGACAAGUCUAAGCCAGCAGCGGAGGCAGUUUUUGGUGCCUUGGCGCCCCGACAAAACCACAUCACUUUGAAGCUAACCUAUUACGCCGCUCGACAAUUGGCUACAGCCCCUGCCGUACUUCAGGAGCUUGCUGACGAGAUUAUCGCACGUUCAAAGGUCAUCGAUGAUGAAUAUAUCUUAUCGGGCGUAGACGGUGCAAACCCUCGAAUGGAUUGCGCUAAAUCAGUGCCAAAAUCAGAUGGAGCUGGACCGAGGGAUCAGAAAACUAGAGCCAAAAUAGAGGAAAUGAGUUAAUGGUUAAUGUAUGCUACCUGGCGCUCCAACAAGAAAAUGACAUCACAGAUGUGAC